CCGCGGGUUGAGGGCGGGGUCCACCCACGCAUCGCUGUCAUCACACCCACACACGUACGUAAGAUCACCUGCCCCGUCACUGCCACGCCCACGCCCAUCGUCUUCUGGGCCAGAGAGAACCACGACCGCAGGGAGGCAGCAAGGGUGGUGGGCGGCCCACCCAGUGAUGGUGUGCAGAAUCAGCAGGUGGGGCUAGAAGCUCCCCAGGUGGUUGUGUACAGCAGUGGCACAGAUGAUGCAGGUGGUGAUGAAGGUGGUGAUGCAGGUGGUGGUGCAGGUGGUGUGAGGGUGGACUCGGAACACAGUCUUCACGUCACAACCACUCAUGAAGGUCUCUGGGCGUGUAUGGCAGCAAAUGAGGUGGGCGGACUGGUGGUUCCAGUGAGGGUGGUGGGUGGAGGAGUGACGCACGGUACUGUGGGUGUGGGCGUGGUGGGUGUGGACGAGGUGGAGGCAAGGGCAUCCCUUCUCAUGCCCACUCUGGAGCAAGGCUACCCAGCCCACCCUUCACCCACUACAACUACUGUCACCUGGAGACUGGUGAGCCGGGCUACGCAACACCUGGAAGGUAUCUAUGUCCUGGCGUGUGAACGUGGCACUGGCCUCGUCUUUCCCAGGGUACACCAACAGCUCCAGGCACAUGACAUCUCCCUCAGGCACCACAACCAUCACCACCACACCAGAAGGCACUCCUCUCUCCUCCAACAAACUACCACCACUUCACUCUCCACCACUGACAACAGUGAGCACAUGGAGAGAAGCAGAACUAUGACCUCAGACGUAGUUACUAGAAUGCAAGCACACAACUCUACGAUAGAAGAAGAAGAAAAGAACGAGGUAGAGGAGGAAAAAGAUGAGGAUGAUGAGGUAGGCUCUGAGAGGCGCCCUCCACAGAGGGCACCUCCCCAGUGUUCCAAACUACGGGUGUUAGGCCACACCUCCUACCCUGGGAAACUCUCUCACCAGGUACAGGGUCUCCUUCCCUACACCUCCUACUGGCUCCUGCUCCUCCCUCACUACAAAGGCGUCCUCGGCGUCCCCUCCAACCUGCAGCCCUUCACCACCCCCCAGGACGUACCAUCAGGGUGGGCGGUGUUGUCCCGCUGGUGGGCGGCACGAGUUGAGUCAGGUCUGUACGCCCUUACACUACACUGGAGCCCCAUAUCCCCUCGCCAUGCCCAUGGAGUCAUCCUCAAGUACCUGAUUACAGUGAAGGAGAGUGACACUGGCGUUACUCACAAUGUCAGUGUGUUGGGUGACGUGACCACACUCACUCUUCCCAACGUGACCUCAUCCCGGGUGGAAGUCACCUUGAUGGCCUCUACCAUCAUGGGUUAUGGUCCUUCCUCGCCACCUGCCAGGCUUAAUCUUCUCAGGACACACUUAAAGGAGCCUGGCAUGGGCGUAGUGAGGUCUGCCUGGUUCCUGGUGUUGACUGGCGGUGCUGUGGCCAUGGUGGUGGUGGUGGUGGCUUGUACCCUGGCAGCAAGAUGGUGUGUCACUGGCAUGCACCACCAGAUGCCCUCAGAGGUGAGCAAGGGGAAAGUGCUUAGUGUGGGGGGCCCCUGGGUGGAUGUAGGGGGCCUCUGGGCCCCUGGACCCUCACACCACAGUUCCGACAAGUCUGAGAGGAAACUCCUUGCCUCCAGUGGGUCUCCCUUGGCUGCUGAGUACUUCCAGGCGGAGGCUGUGACCUCCCACCUCAAGGAUGACCUACCCACCAAGACCAGGCUAGCAGAGUCGUGGCCGUCUGAUUACCUGUCUCCCUCUCCCUCACCUUCAUCAGCUUCGUGUCAGCGUGCUCAGCACCACACCCAGAGUGAGUCAAUGUCGGCACCGCGGGCAGGCCGGGUGCAGGCGGGUGGUGCCAUCAAGUUCCAACGCCACACUGGCACCUGCUAUACAAGUGCUGCUCUCCGCACCAGCUGCUCCAGCUGGCAAGAGACUGAGGAUAGCACUUGGUACAGUGGGGAGUGCUGCAGCUGCUGCCACAAUGAUAUCAACUUGCCACCGCGGGAGUCCUCUGGUACAGCAUCAGGUUGCUCCACCGUCCUGCAGGCCAACCUCAACCGUAGCGACCUCCAGGCCUUCUCCUCCACUCUAGAGUACCAGUACAGUGGUCUCAGCACCGAUGCCUAUGAAGUUGUCAGUGCUUAUGAAGAAGCAUCAGCCAUCACAGAUUCUGGACCUGACCAGCCCAGCAAGAGGCUUCCAGCACUUCCCUUGCGCAGAGACCUCCAGCAUCUUACACUCAACACAGAGUCCAACACUGACCUCUCCUUAAGCUGUUAUAACUUCGAUGAUGAUGAUGACAUAACUCAAUCUUGCAGUGACACAGAGGCAUCCUUCUUCAUACCCCAUGACAUGAAAAGGCAGCAAAAGGAAGGUGACAUGAAGGACAACAAUUCAGUGAGGGACAAGAGGCAAGGACAUAUCAGUAGUUUCUACUCAAGUCACACGUCGGGCGAGGUAAGCUGCCCGAAGGAGCUUCGGAAACUUGAACAAAGUCAUAGAGAUGGACAGAGUUCGACAAGCUCUCUAAAAUGUCCAGACCAAAGUGUUGAGUCAUCCUCAACGUCCACCUCAGGGGCCUCUACUUUAAACCCGUUAACGGUGGAAGACUUAGAGACAUCCUCGACCAGAAGAGUAAGCUGCCACUCCUCACUAACACAGGACAGCCUAGAGGAGCAGUUCGAAAGAACACUAAACAUGAUCACACAUGGAGGUUCAGCCAACCUGGAUUGACCAACUUCCUCCUGCCUCCUGUAACUAGAACUACCAUAGUCUGGCCUCUAGUGAGCUAACAGGUACAAUAUACUACAUUCUUAUCCUUUAUGCAGUCAUAGAAGCUUGAGACCUUAAGGCAGAGCAUUUAGUGUACAUAUACUUUUAUAGUGCUAGUGUGAGGCCUUAAAGCAGAUCAAUUAAAUGUAUGUGUAUUGUCCACUAAACCACAAAAUUAUUUUAAAUGUUAUAUACAUAAUCAGGAGGAUUGGUAGAUUUUCAGUAUCUGCUACUGGCAAUGUCCAUCUUUUUGGUCAUAGUGAAGUUGGUGUCUUUUAUGUAUCUCCUGAAACUAAUGUUAGGGAAAGUACAAGUAUUGUGGUUACUAAAAAGAUUCCCAGCAGAGUUGCAUCUGUCUCUCAUAUUUUUAUAAGGUAAAGAUAUCAUUUUGACAGUAUUUUCAUCCCGGUUGUCUGAGAGAUGUUUCCGGGAACCAUGAGACUGGUGCUGGGAGAGCUGCAUCUAGUAACUCUUGGCAGUCAUACCAAGAACACUAUUCUGCUUCACUCAGAACAGUACUCUCACAGUUUACACUUGUAGUGUUAAAGUGUCUUGGAUAUUUCAUGCCUCACCUUGGAGGGUUUAAAUGUGAAAAAAGUUCUGAACUAAACCAGUGUGGGAUGUUCAGUGUAAAGUGUGUGGAGGCUCAAUCCUCCGUCCGGUAAUAUUGAAACAGAUAAUACCAAACUGAAACAAAAGUCAGAAGAGUUAGAAGUGAUAAAAUGUUAUGGCCAGUAUUGUAGAAGAGUAGCAAUACAUACAUAUUUUAUAUAUAAAGCAAUACAAGUAUUGAAACUUACAGCUUUGUCAAGAGUGUCAACAGGUGUAAUCCACACCAUAAAGUGUCAACAGGUGUAACCCACACCAUAAAGUGUCAACAGGUGUCAUAUUAUACUCUAAAUGCUCAAGAUAUCAUAUCAGAAAAAUGUACAACUCGUAACAAUAUUGUACAGCUGCACACUUGUGUGUCGUCAUUCAAUACAUAUUAAGUGCUAGUCGUCAAGCUAUGUUGUUCCUCUCGGUGUUCUCCACCACACACUUUAUGGGAAAGUACUAAACUCGUAGGGGGUCAUAAUACACCUGGGGAAUGGGAGGUAUACAAGUUAAUCCAAGGAAGAGGGUAGCAUUAAGUCCUUGGAUGAAGAUCCCUUAUCAAAAUAUAUUAAUACAAUAGCUGCUACCUCAGUAAGGAGGAUAAAUAAUAACAGUUUUGGUCAUAAAUAACUGGACAUUUAUAAUUAUAUGAGAACCAUGUUUACAAAUUGCAUUACAUAGGUAUAUAGAUAUUAAUUCAGUCGUAACUGUAAUAAUUUGUGUGUGUACUCACCUAAUUGUGGUUGCAGGGGUCGAGACUCAGCUCCUGGCCCCACCUCUUCACUGUGUGUGUGUGUGUGUGUGUGUGUGUGUGUGUG